CCCAAAAAAAAAACUUCAAAGAGAGAGAGAGAGAGUUUUUUCUGAACUCAAGAAAAAAAAAAAAGAGUAGUUAAUGGGAUUCGGCUUAGAGAGUAUCAAAUCAAUCUCCGGCGGGUGGGGCGCGGCGGCGCGUUCCUGUGACGCUUGUAAAUCAGCAACCGCCGCCGUGUUCUGUCGACUUGACUCAGCUUUCUUAUGCAUAUCAUGUGACACAAGAAUCCAUUCCUUCACUCGCCAUGAGCGCGUGUGGGUUUGUGAAGUUUGUGAACAAGCUCCCGCCGCCGUCACUUGCAAAGCCGACGCCGCCGCUCUUUGCGUCACUUGUGAUUCCGAUAUUCACUCAGCUAAUCCACUCGCUAGCCGUCACGAACGUGUUCCCGUAGAGUCUUUCUUCGACUCAGCUGAAACCGCCGUCGCCAAAAUCUCUCCUUCUUCGACUUUUGGUAUCCUUGGUUCAUCCACCACCGUGGAUUUAACCGCUGUUCCGGUUAUGGGUGAUGAUCUCGGUUUAUGUCCGUGGUUACUUCCUAAUGAUUUCAACGAACCGGCUAAAAUCGAAAUCGGAACUGAAAACAUGAAAAGUUCUUCUGACUUUAUGUUUUCUGAUUUCGAUCGUCUUAUUGAUUUCGAGUUUCCGAAUUCGUUCAAUCAUAACAACGCCGGAGGAGAUAGUCUUGUUCCGGUUCAGACGAAAACAGAGCCUCUUCCGUUAACUAACAAUGAUCAUUGCUUCGAUAUAGAUUUCUGCAGAUCAAAGCUCUCUGCUUUCACUUACCCUUCUCAAUCUGUCAGCCACAGUGUUUCGACUUCGUCUAUUGAAUACGGUGUAGUUCCAGACGGAAACACAAACAACUCUGUUUCUGAAAUCUCAAUUCCGUUUAACCGGAGCACGAUCACUACCUCGACGGCGGCGAGUACUGGUGAUCAUCAAACGAGCUCUAUGGAUAGAGAAGCUAGGGUUUUGAGGUACAGAGAGAAGAGAAAGAACAGAAAAUUCGAGAAGACGAUUCGUUACGCUUCGAGGAAAGCUUAUGCAGAGUCACGGCCAAGGAUCAAAGGCCGGUUUGCGAAAAGAACAGAGACUGAAAACGACGACGUUUUCCUUAGUCAUGUUUAUGCUUCAGCCGCCACACAGUACGGCGUCGUACCAACGUUCUGAAUUCGAAUCUACGGUGGAUAAAGAAUCAACCUGAAGACUUACACAUCUUCCACCGUCGAUUACUGUGGGUGUAUAAUAAGUAUAGUGAGUCUUA